UGACCGCAACUAGGAUAUUACCUACAAUUCGCGUGACCACAAUUGUUCUAUGUCCUUAUCUCAAAAAUCGUCUCUCACCGCAACUCGGAUGCAGCCAAAAAUUCAAGGGAAGUAUAGUUUCAGAAAUGUUCAAGGUUCCACUUGUGCUCCGGGGUCCCAGGGCACUACCCCGCUUCGUCCAAUGAUAGCUACGCCACGGCUUCCACUGUCGAACAACUUAAAUGCGAGGAAAUCCCCUUGUAUUUCAAAUGAAAUUUUAUUUCCAAAACAUGUUUCCAUAAUAUUUAGUGAGUAUGGUAACUUAAAGUUUUUAAAACCUAUGAAAGUUUCUAGGCUACAAUUUCUGGUAAACAUUGAUUUGCGGAACGGAAAAAGGGAUUUAUGGUUAGCUGACAUUUAUAAUUCUUAUCGUGUACCCAAACUCUAA